CAGGGCAGCCAGUCACACCAUGUCCGUGAGCAGCGAGAUGACGGUGCCGUCCCUGACCCAGGAGAUCCUUAGCCAUCUGGGCCUUGCCGACAAGACUGCAGCCUGGGGCACUCUGGGCACCCUCAGGACCUUCCUGAGCUUCAGCGUGGACAAGGAUGUGCAGAGGCUGCUGAAGGCCAUCACAGGCCAAGGCGUGGAUCACAGCGCCAUUGUGGAUGUGCUUACCAAUCGCAGCAGAGAGCAGAGGCAGCUCAUCUCUCGCACUUUCCAGGAGCGCACCCAGCAGAACCUGCUGAAGUCCCUGCAGGCGGCUCUUUCCGGCAACCUGGAGAGGAUCGUGGUGGCUCUGUUGCAGCCUGCGGCCCAAUUCGAUGCCCAGGAAUUGAGGACAGCUUUGAAGGCCUCAGGUUCUGCUAAGGAUGUAACCCUGGAAAUUCUUGCCACUCGUGCUCCAUCCCAGCUGCAGGAAUGCCUGGCAGUCUACAAGCAUCAUUUCCAGGUGGAGGCUGAAGAGGACAUCAAAUCUGAGACCAGUGGCAUCUUGCAGGACCUGCUGCUGGCCCUGGCCAAGGGGGCCCGUGAGAGCUACUCUGGCAUCAUUGACUAUUACCUGGCCGAACAGGAUGUCCAGGCUCUACAGCAGACUGAAGGGCCCAGCACAGAGAGGAUGUGGGUCCUAAUACUCACCCAGCGAAAUCCUGGACACCUCAUCCGAGUGUUCGAUCAGUAUCAGCGGAACACCGGGCAAGAGUGGGAAGAAGCCAUCCGGACCCGUUUCCAUGGAGAGAGUCAGGUGGCCCUGCUUGGCCUAGCUUCCGUGAUCAGGAACACACCGCUGUACUUUGCUGACAAGCUUCACCAAGCCCUCCAGAUGGAAUGGCUUUCUGAAGUCUGGUUCCGAAGCCUGCAUGCCGUGGUGGUGCUGUUCAAGAGUUGA